CUCAAUCUGCUUUGCAAUGUUAUUUGGGAGUCGAGUAGAAUUGUAGAUAAUGAGUAUUAUAUAGAGUGAUCUGUCCGCGCAAAUUUCGGUAUUAUACGCGAGUGUGCUAUUAUUCAUGACGUUGACAUUGCAUAGUGGAUAAUAAGAAUUAGAAAAAAACUAAGGAGAGAAAAAAAGAACAGAGAUCUUACAAAUCACGUAUUGAAACGAGCGUAAUGUGUUUCAUUGAAAGUAAAUUUUAAUUGAAGAGGUGUACUUAGUUAGUAAGGAUGGAACUUAAGAUAAAUAUAAGGAGCAUUUUAUUUGUAAUUUUUUUACACUUAUCGGUGCUAAAUUGUGCUCACUUGACGAGAACUUAUUUCGAAGAUGAAACUACGAAUAACGAUGACAAUAUGCCAAAAAUUAGUUGGUUAUUUAGCAAUUCUGUUGAUAGUUCUGUUAGGGUUAAGAGAGACAAUUUAAUCAACUACAACGAAGAUAGUUUAUUAAGAUCUAUGAACAUCAAGUGCCGACAGAAUUUAAAUCGUCUGUGUGGCGACAUAACUAAAAACAAUGAUGAAUUAAUGCUGUUAGAGUGCAUUCAAAAUUUUAAGCCAACUGAGGUGUCUGAUAUCGAUGAUGAAUGUCGACAAGCAAUUUGGGAUUAUAUUUUAAACAUUACUGGUAAUACAAAUAUAGAACGUUUAGCCAGAAGAACCUGUGGCAAAGAGCUAGAUUUGUUGGAUUGCUCUACUUCUGGCAACAAGCAUGGAGCAUAUCUGUCGUGUUUAAUUGAUAAAAGAGAAAAAGUCAAAAAACCACAAUGCAUUGCAUAUAUCCAAAGAUUAGAAUGGAUUGCAUUUAGUGAUUUUAGAAUUAUCACACCAUUUUCCUCAGAUUGUGAAAAUGAUAUUAAAAGAUUUAAAUGUGAUAAAGUACAACCUUACAGAGACAUAUCCCAGGGACAAAUACUAGCUUGUUUACAAGAACAUGUUAAUGAACUUCAACUCCAAUGUAAAAGGCAUAUACUUCAUGUGUCUGAGAUACAAGCGGAAAAUAUCAACUUAGAUCGACAAUUGUAUCUAGCUUGCGAAGAAGACCGUACUAAAUUUUGUCCAAACAUUAGACCUGGCAGUGGUCAAGUCUAUAAGUGUUUGAUGCAGCACAAAACAGAUAGAUCCAUGACAGCGAUGUGCCAAGAACAGCUUACAAGAAGAGGAAAAUUAAUUGCAUCUGAUUACAGAGUUAGUAAAGGGCUCGUUAAAGCUUGUAAAGAUGAUAUUAAAAUUAAUCAUUGUAGAAGACCUGUGAUUGAAGAUAAAAAUAUCAGACUUGCACAGAUUCUUCUUUGUUUGGAAUCUGCAGCAAAAAAUGGUAGCAAAAUUGAUAGGGAUUGUCAAAAUGAAAUGUUUGAUCAUAGAAAACUUUUAAUGGAAGAUUAUAGAUUAUCACCUGAGAUAGUUGACGGUUGUGCUAAUGAAAUUACAACAUUCUGUAAUAGCUUAGAAGUUGGUGGUGCAACAAUUCAUUGCUUGAUGGAACAUACAAGAACAAGAAAAAAAAAAUCGAGAGUAUCCGGUAGAUGUCAGAGAGCGCUAGAGGAACUAAUUAUGGAAGCUGAUGCUGGAGAAGAUUGGAGAAUUGAUCCUGUUUUAAGAGAACAAUGUCAAUCUGUUGUUGAUUUAGCUUGUGAUGUACAUGGUGGUAAUGCUAGAGUAAUAUCCUGUUUAAUGGAACAGCUUGGAACUGGCAGAAUGACAGAAGCUUGUGAAACUGCUUUAGUUCAAAUACAAUAUUUUGUAGCUAGAGAUUUCAAACUAGAUCCUCAAUUAUAUAGAGGAUGUAAAUAUGAUGCAACACGUCUAUGUCAUGCAAGAAAUGCAUGGGCUAAUGAUGGAAAACAAAUGGAUCCAGAAAGAGGACCUCUUGUUUUACCAUGUUUAUAUAGACAUGCAUAUCAUCCUCAGAAAAAUAUAACAUUAAGGACAGAAUGUCUUGAAGAAAUUAGACGUGUUAUGAGGCAAAGAGCAGUAAAUGUUGAUUUACAACCUGAAAUUGAAGAAGUUUGCCUAAAUGAGUUAGCAUCAUACUGUUAUGAUAAAACAGCUAAAGGAGAAGAAAUAUUAUGUCUUCAGGAUAAUUUGGACCGUUUAAACAAAAAUUGCAAGUUAGCAGUCGGCAAUUUUACGGAAGAACAAGCGGAACGUGUUGAAUUGAAUCCAAUAAUUUCUACUGCCUGUCAACAUAUCAUGGAGCGUCAUUGUGAGGAAAUAUUAAAAUAUGGUAAAGACGAGGGUGACAUGAUGGAAUGUUUAAUAGAACACAAAAACGAUUUAGAUGUACGAUCUGAUUAUAAAUGUAAAGCAGCAGUGGAACACUUCCAAUUAAUAUCAUUAAAAAAUUAUCACUUUACAUAUAAAUUCAAAGAAGCUUGUAGACCUUCUGUUAAAAGAUGGUGUCCAAGAUCUAAAACUAAAGCAGAAGUAAUAGAAUGUUUGAGUACAAGAGUACAAGAAGAUAUAAUGAAAGAUACUCAGCAUCAUAUACCAAAAGAAUGUAGACAACAAUUGAAAGCACAGCUCUAUCAACAAAGGGAAAAUAUUCAGUUUGAUCCUAUCUUACAAGCACAAUGUACAAAUGAUAUUAAACAAUAUUGUUAUGGUUUUGAACCAGGAAAUUCUCAGAUUCUUGAAUGUUUAGCAGCACAUAAAUCAAAAUUAACAGAUACGUGUCAUAAACAACUUUUUAAGGUAAGAAAGCAAGAAUUUCAAGAUAGUUCAAUCGAUUUUGUUUUAUUAAAUAAUUGUCGAGUAAUGAUAAGACAAUUUUGCCAUGAUAUAAACCGUUCACAAGCAUUAGAUUGUUUAAAAAGAUAUAAAGAUGAACCAACAUUUGAUGAUAAAUGCAAAAAUAUUGUUAUUCGAAGAAUGAUUGAACAAAAUACAGACUACAGAUUUAAUACUGCGUUACAAGUUGCAUGUUCUUCUGAUAUCAAUAAACAUUGUAAAGAGGUUUUAUUAAAUGAACCUACCGAUAAAGAACUUGAAGGAAAAGUUAUAAGAUGUUUAAAAAUUAAAUUCCGAGAGUCUAAACUUUUACUUAAAUGUGAACACCAAAUGGCUAACAUACUUAGAGAAGCAGCUUUAAAUUAUCAUUUAAAUCCAUUGCUAGCUACAAUGUGUGCACAUGAGAUUGAAACAAUCUGUGGAGCAGAUGAAAAUGAUCCCGGAGCUGUAGAAGAAUGUUUGAAAUCGGAAUUCAAUGAUGGUAAUAGAGAUAUGAAAGAAGAAUGUCGCCUCGAAAUUGCCGAUUUAAUAGAACAAACAAGAGCAGAUAUUAAUGUAGAUCCACUAUUGCAAAAAGCAUGUGCCGUUGAUGUUAGUAAAUAUUGUAGUGAUAUUCCCCAAGGCGCAGGCAGACAUAUUAUGUGUUUACAAAACGUAUUAGAAGACAGUAAUAAGUCUUUACAACCUGAUUGUUUUAAGAUGUUAACUAAAAGGAUUGAAAUGUUUAGAAAUUCAGCAAGGUUAAUUGCACCAAAUUCAAUCCAAGAAUUAUAUUCAACGGUAAAUCAAUCCCCUGCGAGACGAUACUUCAUGAUUGUCGCAUUAACAAUGAUUGGGUUAAUUUUCAUCACCGGUUUAUUUUGUGGAAGAGUAACAAGACGAACAAUGAUAAUGAAAAAUAAAUAAUAAAUCGUAGUGUGAAAAAUCCGUCCUCGAAGAUUUUCUAUUGCUGUAAUUAAAAAGGAAGAACAACAUCAAUUCCAAGUGAACAUCGAAUAAAAAAGAAAAACAAAGUGAUUGUAUCGGUGAAAAAAAAUCGGACUGUGCAAAAUAUAACAGAAAAAGCGA